UGACUUAUACUUCUUUGCCUUUCACCUCUUAGUCAUAUGAAAUAGGCUUCUUCACUUGCAUUUCUUCAACUAGCAUAUACUCACAUGAGAGAGAUGCCCAUUUGUAAUGAGCUGCCAAUCUCACAUGAAUGUCCUCUCCUUUACAAUUUAAGAGGUCUAGCUCCUAUCUUUAGUAGUUCUUCACAUGACAAAAUCUAGCUUGAGUCAUUACAGUCAGGAGUGCCUUUUCAGGUUAUUGAAUCCCUUUCUACAUCUUCCUUGACCAGUUUGAUCUCUCUAGAAAGAUUUUGGCCUUGGCUUCUCUUCUUUUCAUACACUUACUGGUUUCAAUGAAGCUUUUCAUUUUCCCAAUAAACACAGGUUGUGGAUCCUUAUGUGAGGAGGGUCUCUGAGUGUCUUCAAAAUAUUGUGCUUGUGGGGGCAAGAAAGUAAGGAUCUAGUGAGAUGGGGAAAUUCAGUUUUGGCAGGGUGUUAGAUUGUUUUUGUCUUUCUUCGGGAUCGACCUCUUGUUUCUGCAUCAACUCCUUGGAAGCCCAAGAUGAGUUUGAGAGAAAGCCAUUGAUUGUCAGUGAUGAUGAUAGGCAGCUGGUCAGACUGAAGGAUGUUAUUGCUGAGAAGCAGACCCUGGCUUUUCAGUUAAAGCCUAAGAUGGUGGUGCUAAGGGUGUCCAUGCACUGCAAUGGUUGUGCAAGAAAAGUUGAGAAGCACAUCUCGAAGAUGGAAGGAGUGACCUCCUACCAAGUGGACCUAGAGAGCAAGAUGGUGGUGGUGGUUGGAGACAUUGUCCCCUUUGAAGUGUUGGAAAGUGUCUCUAAAGUGAAGGUUGCAGAGCUUUGGAAGAACCCAUGAUUUGAGAAAACAAACACCCAUCUCAAUGCUUUAGCCACCCCCACAAAGGCCAAAUUGAAAAAAUAUAUACUUUUUUACUAUUUAUUCACCCUAUAUUUGAACAAUAUACUACUACAUUUUCAAGGUCCUAUCUUGUGUUGAAACAGAAAAAGAGCAAAUUUUCAGGUCUCUCUGUGUGAAGCUUGAACUAGAACCAUAUGUAACUCUUGGCUACUACCCCUUAUAUUAUUGUACUUUUAUUUGGUGAAAUGUAUAUGAAAAAA